AUGAUCACGCACUUCCUUACCGACGUCAACACGCGCUUCAACCCGUUCUCGCCGCGGGCCAAGGCGGCACGGCUGUUCCUCUCACUGCUGCCGCCACGGGCUCGACAACAGGGUCUCAACGUGACGACACAGCUGCUCGCACGCACUUCGACGGAGCCGAGCCUCCUGCACGUGCGCUUCAAGGACGGCAAGGAGAUGCAGCUGGACUGCGAGGCCAUGGGCAUCAAGCGGGUCGUCGAGGAGGUGGACCGACACUCGCGGGCGCUGCAGAAGCAGGCCGACCUGGCCGACGGCUAG